AUGUACCAAUGCUUUGCGCUUCUUAUUAUGCAAGUGCCAGGUGCUAUACGUGCCAUCCACCAUCUUAGACACUCUGGAAUAUACUCAGUCCCAAGUGAUAUAUGGAGGUACGAUGUGCCGGGAAUCGUAGGUAACUACUAUGGUGACACAGGCCACAUCUCAACGCCCAAAUCGGUUCUAUACUUCUUUGUUUAUAUCGCCAAUACUUUCGGAAGCGGCGGUAAUGGUCGCGACAUCGUCUUAGGUCACAAUGCACAGAGAAGCGAUGAGAUUCCGCUGUUGGAGUCGCGUACGAGGUCGCCUGCAUCGUCUGCGAUGCUCGUGGUACGAUUUGCGUCCUUGGACAAGAGCUUCAACGAGACCAAAAGAUGGCAAGGAUGGGACGUGGACGGUACCUCGGUCUCAGUGGAAGACAACAGCGGAUACAACCUCGGGUUGGGCCUCACUAGCAAGACAAAGAGGAAGCACAAGGAGAAGGGUUUGAUGAUGUUGGAGUGUGGAGGUCUUCUCAUUGCUAUAGGGGAUCUCGGACUAAACGGAACGGUCAUCGCCGCUCAGGAGGACGAUUCGCCCACUCAGUCACAGUUCCCUCUGCUGCGGAUUUGGGAUCUCACCAAAGACGAUUCCCGGGAUAGACAGCCGCUCCUACUGAGAAGCGUGCGAAUUGGUACGGGAGGAAGGGGAUAUCCUAUAUCAUCGAUCGCCCUCACUCCGGCCAUGUCGUAUCUGGCAAUUGGGCUGGUGUCCGGUCAAGUGCUACUGUAUCGCCACCUACUACAAUCACUGCAGACUUCUCCUACCGCUCAGUCGAGCUUCCCCAAGGCGAGGGUCGUAUGGGAGGGCACGGCCGCAGAGCCUAUAACAGGUCUAGGAUUCAAGCUAUCUGGGCAAAUGGAAUCGUAUGACGCACCUAUGAGAAACAUGGUCGGAGACUUGCGUCAAGACAAGACUCCUGGAUCCGAUUCGGUCGGGUUAUUCAUCGUAACGACGAACAAGACGUUGGCCAUUGCCGGUCAUCUCUGGGAAAGGUUCAGAACCGAGAUUACUAGAGGAGUCUGGUGCACCGUUGAGUUUGCUCCGUCAUGGACCAUACGCAUCGUUGUCUUGUUGUGGCCCGGGAAGACGGCAUAUACAUUACGAUACCGAAGCGCGGGGAGCAUGCUAUGCUUACGAGGCUCUGUCAUUGCUUCAGGCGUAAGAGAACUGUUCGGGAACGAUGGGCAGGUCUUCUAUAUCUUGGAAGGUGACGGCAAGGUGCAAAAAUUAACCGAGGCAUCUGUGGAGGAGAAACUAGAAGCUCUUCUGCGGAAAUCCCUGUUUCAGAUGGCGGUCUCCAUGGCAAAAUCGGCUCGCCAAGGAGACUCCGUGAUUUCCGAUAUUCAUCUACGUUAUGGCGAUCAUCUCUACGAGAAAGGCGACUACGACGGUGCUGUAGCGCAGUAUCAAAAGACGCUUGGAUGGGUACAGCAAGUCACGUCAUUCGGAAGUUCCUCGAGGCUCACCGAAUACAUCAGCUCACCUCAUACCUUCAGGAAAUGCACGUACGGAACCUCGCCACUCCAGAUCACACUACACUCCUUCUCAAUUGCUAUGCUAAAACGGCAGACAAGGAGCGAUUGGACGCCUUCAUCCGGACAGAAACCACCAGGAAAGGCCGGUUUUCACGAGCAUGCGUUAUAUCUCGCGAAACGAUACAACCGAUAUCAAGAUUACCUCAGGAUCCAACUGGACGACUUGGAUGACUUUGCGGCGGUGGCGGCAUUUCUGCAUACACUGCCAUUGGAACUUGUGGCAGAGAUCAUCGUACCUUAUGUCAAAGACAUGUUGAGACGCCAUCCUCAAGCGACCACAGAUCUCUUGAUUGAGAUUUGUACAUCGUGGAAGAUGGAGGGGAGCGGCUCGGAAGCCACACCAAAGCGUCAAGUUCCGGCUUCGAGAGAUUUGCAACCGCAUCAGUUUUCCCACGAUCAAUCUGCUUCAUCUCCAGAAGAUCUUGGCGCCUCGCAGGAUCUUGUUCACCAACCGGUUCGCCCGAGCCCUGAACUUUUCUUCCCUGAUUUCGUGAACGAACCCGAGCAGUUCCGGCGAUUCCUGGAGACUGUGGCACUUAGAAAUUGGAGGCCAGCGACAACGGCAACAGAGGGCGAGGAAAGUUCCCAAAGAGCGGUCUGGAACACUUUGUUGGAACUUUACCUUGGUAAAAGCCGCCCCGACCGUCAACAGGAGGGGGAUCGUAAUGAUCACGAUCGAGCUCUCGCCUUGCUCGAGCAAAUCGAUCGGCUACCCCUUGAUCCAGUUCACGCAUUGAUGCUUUGCUCCGCUUUCGACUUUGAAGCCGGCCUUAUGUGUCUUUGGGAGCGUUUAGGAAUGUACGAAGAGAUUAUGCGCUUCUGGAGGCAACGUAUGGACGUCGAAACAGAGGGAACGGCUUCCGCCAGUGUCGAACACCGCCGCUCCCUCACUUGUACCCAAUGGGUGCUGCGUUACAUAACCACCUUCCCCUCCACAUUGGCUCGACAUACGGCAGACGUCCGCGAUAUCCUCGACACGAUUCAGCAGGAACGUAUCAUGCCACCUCUUGCGGUCAUACAAUUGCUCAGUCGCAACGACGUCACGAAUAUCGGGGUAGUAAAAGAUUGGCUCAAGAGUCAAGUAGCGGAUACACGCCUCGAUAUCGACUCUGACAAACAACUGGUACAUUCGUAUCGAAGCGAGACCGAAGAGAAAUUAAGGGAGAUUGCCAGCCUCACAGACGUCACGCGUCCACAGGUCUUUCAAGUCACCCGUUGUGCUUCUUGCAACGGUCAACUGGAUCUGCCAAGCGUGCAUUUCAUGUGUAAACAUAGUUAUCAUCAAAGAUGUCUACCCGAUGCGGAUCCCGAGUGCCCUGCUUGCGCCAGACACCAUGCCCUCAUCCGUGAAAUCCGUAGAAACCAGGAAGCCUCUAUCGACCGGCACGAUCUGUUCCUGAGGCGUCUGAAACUCAUGCCGACCAAGCUGCAGCAUAGAGUAAUGUACGAGGCUGUCCAAAGGCCCUGUGUAGAGAUCCUGAUGUUCUUCAACACAUUGGGUAUUCAUCAGAUUUUCCCGGAUCCCUUCUCUCUGCAUGUCCUCCCAGAGCGAACCCAAAACCUUGACCUCAACUGGGGAACAGCGCUCGGACUCCAAAGUUUUAGGCUUACAAUUCCGGGCGUCGCGCUCGAGCAUUUUUUCGACCAGGCCAAGCUCUGCCUUCCAAGUCUGCUGCUUCCAAUUGACAUGGUCCUCGAUAUCAUCGGGCAUCCUUUCGAGACACCAUUUCCGAUGAGUCCAGAUCCAGUAGACCUUGGGAUGGAUUUGCAAGUAGGAUACCGUCAACUUCAAGUCCUGCUGCAGCCAUCAGUCCAUGUCAAGACCGCUGUCGAACAUUGUCCGGACUUGCCCAUCCAAGAGUCCUCCCAGCAAGAUCUCCCUACGAAAGUUCCAGAUUCACUGUUCCACAAGCUCGGCCGAUAUGAUUGUGCACCGGCGAUGGCCUGGAUGUUCGGUGCUGCGUCUCAUCCAUUACUGCCGUGGCAGUUGGACUCUUGCGACUGGAUUGCUGCUUGUCGCCGCACUUUUGUCUACAUGGAAGCCAACGGCGCCCAGGGAAAUGCGGCCCUUUUGUCACAUCGCCUGACCUUGCAGGUCUUGUGCCGGUCCGUAGCUGCUUUUCAUAGCGAGAGCAAAAGGGAUGCAUAUCUUCCCCCUAUACUGGACCGCAAUGCCGACUAUUCCGAGCCGGAAGUAUCGGGGCUCGUCAAAUUUGAGGAGCUCUGUAAGAAAGAGCUCGCUCACCACGACUACCUUUUCGAAGCUGAUCGUCCGAUCGACAACCUCUCGAGCAAUACAUCCUUCCUCCUGGCCGUCUGGAAGGAAGUUCUGUCUGCUCCCAAACCAGUCACCGCAAUCAACUUGAACGUGAGGACCAUAACGGAUGUGGCCGCAUUCAAGAUCGACGUCGUUUCGGCCAACGGUAAUUGUUGGCACAAAAUCAAUUCUAUAAGAGCAUCUCGCGUGCUAGCGGAGCUACAAGAGAGCGAGAUCACAUCGCAGGAUCAACCGCGAGAACAAUCAGAAAACAAGUAUAGGCACAUCAGUCUAGUGAAACAAUGUCUCGAUAUGCGAGAGGCCGCAAGGAGCCACAGCGCGGCCAUGGGAAACGACGUCUGCCUGACCUACAGGCUGUCCCGAAUGGACGAACAAAACGAAGACCCUCGUAUACAGGCGAUGUAUGAGUUCAUCAAAGGGCUAGAUAUCGACUUGCGAUUCGGUGACCCGGAGGACGCACCAUCAGCCGCAGGGGAACCUAGCCGAGUACAGACGGUAGCAUCGUUAGAUUUGAACCUCGACCUCAGCCUUCUCAUCGCUCUGCUCUCAGACAUUACCCAUGCGGAUUUACCCGAGUCUGAUGAAGAGGCAGAAGCUAGGUAUCAGCCGGUACCCAGGAUCUGGAAACGCGCAACAUCUCGUACGGAUGGCCAUGUGACUGAGGACAGGCCGGCUACGGAGGGCGAGCUUGGUACCGAGGAGCAUACUCGAGCCCUGACGGUCCAACUCAAGCAAGAGGUUCGAUCGGGCUUGGUCGACGAGCUCAGCGCGGCCAUCGAUACGAUGUGUGAGGUUCGCAGAGUGUCUCCCGAGGAUGUGCGAUUUUGGACAACACGGGAAGCCAUGGAAAGGUGUCACGAUAUCGUCAGGAAGAUUGCCGGUCCCCGCGAGGCCUAUCGGGCGGGACACAUGUUCAGCACACAAGACCUAAAAGGUGGACUUUCACCCUUCUGGGCAAUGUCUCGCCACCAGCCUCUCUCUGGACCGCUGCGCACUUUUAGCGUGGGGGUGCUCGAAUCCAGCGACAUCGAUUCUGUGUCGCCCCCGUCUCGGUCCUUUGCGAAUCGGCUGAUGGCCACUUGCGGCCGCAUCUUGGAUAGCGAUGGCUCCCAGGGCAUGAUCGAAAGAAAAAAGACCACAAGGCGCACAUCACCCCCACCAAAAGUACCCUCACCUCACACGACUAGGAGCAUGCUCGCCGGAGCGUCCCGUGGCAUGACGACGGUAACAGCAAAUCGUAUGAGCGUCAAGCAGAUUGUACGAAACAUGGGGGUUUACAAGGGUUGGAGCAAGGCAAAGACCUCGCUUUUCAUGUUGUGA